CAGUGCGUCACAAGCGAGCCAGCAGAGCCAGGAUCCCCCGACACAGAGUCCGGCUUCUUCAAACAGCUACGCCAAUAACUCCAGAAGAGAACACGCCUGCCUUUUUUUAUCAGCUCAUUCCACGUGUUUUUCAUAUUUGACGCACGGCUCUCAGAUAUCUCCAUUUUGGAUGCGACUUUUUCCCUCUUUGAAGUAGCAACAGCUGUUUUUUUACUUUAUAAGAUCUCUUUCUCGUUGUUUGUUUGCGGUGAUAGAACAAAAGAGGAUCCUGAGCAACAGCUGGGGACUAUAUCAACUUCGCUAUAUGGAUACUGAGUCGCUGCCAUCUGCAGCUGCUAACAGAGUUUGAUCUCAGAUCUCAGACGCUGAUCUGUGCGUAAAGACGAAAAUGAAAUCAGCCGAAGAGGAUGCGUAUGGCUUCACGCCAAAUGUCAGCCUCUCCCUCCCACUGGGCAACCCUUGUCUUCCCUCUCAGUACCACAGCCUCCAAACCAGCCCAACUAUAUCCGUCUCCGUCUCAGAGCCUCACAGUUAUGACACCCAGGAUGACAUGAGAGCGACAGGAUACUAUUCAACCUCAGGUGUCCGACCAAAUGGAGCCCCGACCCUGGAGAGCCCGCGGAUUGAGAUCACAGCCUAUGGUCAGUUUCCCGAGGAUGAAGUUGAAGAGAGCAGCCUUCCUAUUGCCAAGCGGGUCAACUCCAUUGUAACGCUGACCCUCCCCAAUGCAGAUGGUUACCGAGACCCCAGCUGCCUAAGUCCGGCUAGCAGCAUUUCGUCUCGCAGCUGCCACUCUGAGGCUUCUUCUUAUGAAUCAAACUUUUCCUACAACUACGACAACUCGCCCCAGAACUCCCCCUGGCAGUCGCCGUCAGUGUCCCCAAAGGGCUCCACCCUCACCCUCCCAGGAGAGGGCUGCACCUCUGCCGGCUCCCCUCGCCACUCCCCUUCAACGUCCCCUCGCACAAGUGUGACAGAUGACAACUGGCUGGGCCAGCGAGGCUCAAGACCCAACUCCCCUUGUGGUGCGAAGAGGAAGUACAGCUACAACGGCAGUGGGGCAUCACAAAAGCACUACACAUACUCUCCCAACCACUCUCCAGGACUGUCCCCGCAGACCUCACCUCGACUCAGUGUUACUGAAGAGACCUGGCUACCAAACACCAACCAGUACACCAACUCAGCCAUCCUGGCAGCCAUUAACGCCUUGACCACAGAUGGAGUUGUUGACCUUGGGGAGGGGAUCCCCACUAAGGCCCGGAAAACCAGCCUGGAGAACAUCCCAACAGUCAGUCUUAAGGUCGAGCCUGGAGGAGAGGAGUUAAGUCCAGGAGAGCUCUGUCUGGAUGACCAUUCGUCAAACCGCCUGCCAUUAAAGAAGGAAGGUUACUGUAGUGGGUUCCUGGAUGUACCACAACACCCCUACUCCUGGUCCAAGCCAAAGCAGUAUGUCAGCCCAUCCUUGCCAGCUCUCGACUGGCAGCUGCCGUCCAGCUCGGGGCCGUACAGCCUGCAGAUAGAGGUGCAGCCCAAGUCCCACCACAGAGCCCACUACGAGACAGAGGGCAGCAGGGGAGCAGUGAAGGCCCUGGCAGGAGGACACCCUAUCGUUCAGCUGCACGGCUACAUGGAGAGUGAGCCUCUGACCCUGCAGCUGUUCAUCGGCACAGCUGACGACAGGCUAUUGAGGCCUCACGCCUUCUAUCAGGUCCACCGGAUCACUGGGAAAACUGUGUCCACACCAAGCCACGAGGUCCUGCACAACAACACUAAAGUCCUGGAGAUCCCACUGCUGCCGGAGAACAACAUGAGGGCCAUGAUUGACUGUGCAGGGAUCCUGAAGCUGCGUAACUCAGACAUCGAGCUGAGGAAGGGGGAGACCGAUAUCGGGCGUAAGAACACACGUGUGCGAAUGGUUUUCAGAGUUCACAUCAACCAGCCCACAGGGAGGACGGUGUCUUUACAGGCCUCAUCAAACCCCAUAGAGUGCUCCCAGAGAUCGGCCCAGGAGCUACCGCUGGUGGAUAAGCAGAGUUUGGAGACGUGUCCCGCCUCCGGGGGGGAGAGGAUGCUCCUCGAUGGACACAACUUCCAGCAUGACUCCAAGGUCGUGUUUGUGGAGAAGGCUCAAGAUGGUCACCACCUCUGGGAGACGGAGGCCAAGGUGGACAGAGACACAUCAAAGUCGAAUUCCCUUAUCAUUGAAAUCCCACCGUAUCGAAACCAAAGACUCUCCACUCCUGUCCACGUCAACUUCUACGUCUGCAACGGCAAGAGGAAAAGAAGCCAGUACCAGCGCUUCACCUAUGUCCCUGCUAAUGUACCGACAAUAAAGACAGAGCCACAUGACGACUUUGACGCCCCUCUUGUCUGUGGUCAGCACCCCCCUGGCCUCUCCUUGCUCCCAAAGCCAUACUUCCCCCCUCAGGUCAUGACCCCAUUGAUGCCCUUGGACCCCAGGCCAGGUGUUGUGAGCGGGGCUUACUCUCUCAGCCAGCAAAGAUUGACAGCCAAGCCCUCAUCGCUUCCCUCCUCUUCCCCGAGCACCAGCCCCAAACUGCAGGACCUGUCGCCUUCACCAUUUGCUAAGUGCCUCCCCGCAGCCCCUGCAGUCCAGUCUUCCCCGAUCCCUCACGUCUCAAUCAUCCAGGAGACCCCUGGGCGGUUUCAGUCCCCAACCCUCUACCCACCCAGCAGCUCCUCGUCCUCCUCCCCGACCUCACAGACAUCCACUCCCACCGACGCCCCUUAUUCUUCAACCCUCAGCAUGUCAGCAGUCCAACAGGUGAGCGGCAGCGCCAGCCCUGGGGCUCAGCAGCACCCAAAGGUGUCAGAGAGUGGGCCGGAUGACCUCCAGGAGGGAGGAAGCCCCCCGGCUUUGGCUGUCAGCAUCAAACAAGAACCACAGGAGCUGGACCAGAUGUACCUGGAUGAUGUCAAUGAGAUCAUCAGGAACGACCUGUCCAGCAUCUCCGUCCACAGCCAUGCGUAGCUUCCUGACUGUCACAGGAAACGAGAAGAAAGGGAAACGCCAGACAGAAAUGGACUUCAUGCUUUUCAUGCUUGGACUACAGCAUGCAGGAAGCAGCAAAAAGGAAACGGGAGGAGAACAAAUGUAAAUGUAUUGUCCAGAUGACCAGGGUCCAACACGUGCCUUGUUUUUCUUAUAUAAUGCCUUUACACAGAAAUAAUCCAAGGAAUACAAUAAUGACUGACUUUUUUUUUUUUAAAUGUGUGUAAAUUAAAUAUGUAGCAACAAAACCUGCCACCCCAAACCCCACAGCAAGUUUGCUUCUAGAGGACCAAACCUUGUUUUUAUGUCUCUUUUUGCUGCAGUUUGUAAAUGAUUCAGUGCCUUUGAGUUAAGUCAUUUGUAUAUACAGUAUCUAUAGUGCUUCAGUUUGCAUAUCUGGCUUUACAAGGAAAUGAUUAAAGGAAAAGUGCCUUUUGAACUGGAAACAGAAAAAGUGGCCUGCACUUGGCUUCAUGUGUUCAGCUUUGAAAUAUAAAUGACUUUUUUUUAAGUAGACCAAUGCAGUUUAAUGGGAUGAUGUUACAGAAAAUAACAACUGAAAACUGGCUUAACCUCUUAAACAGUAAUAUCUGAUCUGUCUGCAGUUAGCUCAAAGUAGGAGCAUUAACUAAUGAUAAUACACACUGGCUUUAUAUAAAGAUGGACAAUGCAGCUAUCCCUUGUUAUGUUCUACAAAUAUGAAGAUAAAAUACGCCACAAUGGGCGCUGACAUAUUACGCUGAUGACACUAUUUGGUUGAUGCCAGAGUCUGCAUGUGAGAUCAUUUGAUGCAGCUUCUUCUGCCUACCAAACACACUUUUAAUUCACCGAUUAAACAAGAAAGCUCCCUCAGUCCCCAGCAGAAUGGACUUUUGUGUCAGUUUGAAGUUGACACUUGCGUUUUUAGAAAGCUGAACAAUUCUUGAGUAGGAGCCCAAACUUUGGCAUCAGUCAUGACUCGAUUCAUCACCACAUUGUUGAUGUAGCAGAUAUUUUUCUAUUAGUACGCUAGCAAGUUAGCAUCUGCUAGCUCGCUAAUGUGUUAUUAGCAACAGCAUUACAUUUCAAUCAAGAAAAAAGGCAUUUAAGGCUAAACAGCCAUGUUGUAUGGAAGCGCAUAAUCUUAGCAUAAAAUACAAUACAUGAAUUUAACAGUGAGUGGAAAAAGUCACAUUUUGAGUAUAAUUACCCACUGCCUAUAAGUCAUCUGCGCUUCAAAAAAAAGAGUAGAAGAAGAAAUCAGAGGCAGCUCAACCGUGGUCACUUCCUGUUAAUGCUAAACAGCACUGCGUGAUUUGAGACAACACUAACCUGCAUGGAUUAAGUGCUCUUUGUAAUGCAUUUAAGUGUAAUGUAAGUAUACUAACAGAAGUUUGUGAUUUGAGUCCAACUAAUAGCUUUGUUAGCUUUAGCUAAAGUGUUUUCGGGGAGUACAAACUUUCUCCUGCAGGCAGAAAAUAUUGAACUAUUACAUGAACUUUGGCAUGGAGAAAGGAAAUAGUCAUCAGUCACUCAAACUUCAUUUGUAUAGCACUUAGCAUUAAAGAAUGCAGCACAAAGUGCUUUAUAUACAAACAGACAAAUUAAAAAUGAUAAUUAUAUAAUAAUUUGACUUGUCCACUGAGCUGUCUAUAAGUUUUUCAAAGUAAAAUGAGAAAUUAAAGAGCGGUGGUGCACCUGUUUUACAUGAGCCUUAACCAAAGUGUGCUGAAAGGGAUGAUAUAACAUGCUAUUGUUAUUGUUAUUGUUAUUAUUGUUAAGAGAUUUUAAAGAAUGUCCAAAUUAUGAAGCUUAAUCGCAUCCUGAUUAAUGCAGUAUGCUGACAGUCCUAACAUUAGCUAAAAUAUUAAAGACUGGUAUUUUAAAACUUAUUUAUAAUACAGAAUGCACACUAGAGCUCAUCAGCAUUGUAGUGAAUGGAUGUUGUUUGUUAUGGGGUGUUCUUCUUGAUGCCGACUGCUUGUAUUAAAACAGAGGAGGCACAGCUUAUGACCUGCAUGUUUUGACUUCACUUUUGGCAGGGUUUCAUGUUGUCCAUCUUUUUAUAAAGUGCAGUAUUGUACUGACUUAUUCCACCAUGACUAAGCACUUAACAGAGGCAAGGAAAAUCCCAUUUAAACAGGUAGAAAACACAAGCAGGAUUGGCCUUACAGGUGUAUCCAUCUACCUAGAUCAACCAACAUUACAGCAAAGCCAUCCUUGUACAUAUAAAUUGAUUAUGAUUGUGAUGUAUUUGUUGUUACUUAAACUUUUCGAGUGUAAAAGAAGAAUGUUACUUCUUUAAAAUGUGGCAUCAUCUCAGAUUAGAUUAAAACUGGUUGGCACAGUAAGUCUGGGCCAACAAAGGGAGAUAAACUGAAUACAUUUUCUGUAUUCACCACCGACAUAAAGCACUUAACCACUAAACCUGUGGGAUUACAUGUAGCUGUGUGAAUAAGAUACCAGCUUUAUUACACAAAGUGAAAACAACUUUACAGAUCAGUUAGUCAAACCUUUUUUCAGAUCAGAAAAGGCUCAUAGAUUGAGUCAUUUUUUGUCACUCUGGUGAUAAAACAACUAGCAAUACAGACUUGAAAAUAAUCUGAACUGUGGAGUAAACUGCUUGCUACAGUAACAGGAAUGUUAGUUUGAUGUGUAUCAGUAAAAUCAUCUCAGUUUUGACAAAGCUUGACUUUUCCCUGGCGGUGAUGCCAUUAGCAUUAGCCUCUCGAAGAAUGUAAAAACAAUCUCCAAUGCAACUGAGACGGUCUCUAAUCCAAAGAACAGAGCAAUACAAAUAUACCAGAUCUUUAGUGUUUCAUUCGUAUUUUCAUAUUUAUUCUCUUAGCAUGUUCUUUGUUAUUUCAUGUUUAUCAUCAAACUUGUUCUCAUGCUUACCUACAUACUGUGGUUUAUCUACUCCUUCGUUUAUUAUAGCAAAACUGAACAGGCUUACACUCUUGUUCCCAGUUUUUAUAUGUAUUUAUAUGAGUCUUAAUCCUUGUAACUGAAGGGCCUGAAGCCAUACUGAAAUGUUUACUGAGGAGAUAUUGUUAGUCUACAGCAUAGAAGUCUGCUUUGUGACCUUUUUGUGUAUUUGUCAAUAAAUAAGUCUUCAUCUCUU